AAAGGCUUCACUUUCGACUUGCACGAGGCUCGUUCAGUGUUAAUCACCUCGCAUUCUUGGUAACCUUUCUUAAAGAUCACCAAUCUUAGAAGGUUUAAAUUCCCCCACAUUCUCGAUACGCUGUUGUUAUUGGAUGCAACCACCUUGCAGACAGCAAACAGUUGUUGAAUGGGAAGAAGCUACGUUUUUUUUUAUGUCAUUCACCUUUUGUUUUCAACAUCACGUAGUUCGAAUUGGAUGAUCUAGGAUUGAUUGGAAUUCGAGAAAAGAAAAGGAUUCGUUUUAUCCAACAUGGGUGGUUGCGACUCAUGUAUCAGUCGAAUCCCAUAUGCCACCCUGAUAGCCACCAUCAUGUGUGUGCUUGGGGUGGUUGUGUUCUGCGGCACAAUGUACAGGGGCUCAACACUGGCUUUACUCAUGUUUGAGCAGGUUUUCAAGCUGAGAUUAUUUUGGAUUGAAGCGGUGCAAAUGGCUUUCGUUGUUAUUGGAGCCUGUAUGGGCGCUUUGGGUUUCAUGAUUUUGACUGUGGGUUUCCUGACGACCGGUGCCACUCGUUACAAAGUCUACAGACAAUGGGGCUCCAGAGUCGGGGGUCGAAUAAGCUGCGCUGUGUUCAUGGUAAUCACUUAUAUUCUGCAAAUCGCGUGGGUCUUGAUGUUCAUCUUCCUUGUGAUUGUGACGUUUAUCUUCACGACAUUCUGGUGGAUGUGCGCUAAUCCUCGCGUCGCCAGUAAACAGGAUUGCAUCGACUUUACACAAUUCAACUUUUUCUUUCCAAGCGGACAUCAUCAGGAACACAUGAAAGUGUGCGGAGAUCAGGAUGUCAAAUUGUUUUGCAAGGAUUACGUGGAAAAGGCUGAAAUCAUGUUCAUCUUGGCUACAGUCUCAUGCAUUUUAAUUAUCAUGAGUUUGAUUCACUACCUGAUGUGUUUGGCUGCAAACUAUGCUCAUAUUAGAGACCACGAGAAGAUGCUCGAAUUGCAGGAUCUUCAUUACCUGACCGACCCUGAUUUGGGUCACAAGGAUAGAUUCUAGGAUACGGCCCAGGAAAUACACACGCCACGAAUGUCUGCCAGAUGGAGAGAGAGCUUCCAGUAAAUAUAAAUGAAAAUCUAUUUUUCUCGACGGACUUCGAACAUGGAAACAUAAAAAAAAAUAGGCAAUUCUGAAGAAGACAAACAAACCGGGUCAAUUGGUGUCAAUUACUAGAGGCCUUAGUUUUUAACGUAACACGCUUCAAUUGAUGUGCUCACACCUACGAAGUACAACUCAUCAUCGCAUUCGAUGAGAUUUUUGUAAACAACUUUUAGAAGUAGAAGAAGAUGAAAAGAAAAACUAUUUACAAACAGAUUUUUGUACGAAACUUUAACCAGAAAAGUGCCUGCCUUUUACGUAAGAGAUUUUUUUUAUGUUUUCUGUUGAAAAAUUAUCAAUGGAAUUUCGAAUGUUCGCUUCUUUCAAUCUUACGAACAUUCGAAAAUCCAUUGUCUGAUUGGCAAAUGUUAACUAUCGGAUAUUGGAAAAUGAUCAUUGAUCUAAUUCGUGUAUUUCCUGGGGACUUGGACUCGCUUUUCGCUCAAUUGCACAAGAUGCAAUCGAUCAGAAAAAUGCACAAACGCAGAUUUUUUUUUUUCGUUAGGCUUUAAAACAUUCGAUUCGUUGCGUUUCAUCCGUCCUUAUUUAUUUACCAAAUACCUUUAACAAUCGGAAGUCUCCAAGAGUUUCCUUCCGGUUUUCACUUUUUGAAAUUGCAUUCCAUUUAUAUAUUUUUUUUAUUAGUUACGUAUAAGCAAAAUUUACGCAAUUUAAUUGGUUCGUUUAAUUAUUGUUUUAAUUAACAUUUAUAUAUAUAUUCUAUAUUUCGUUUAGGAUGCGUUAGGCUAUAUUUAAAUUGAAUUUAAUAUAUAUUUGUAAAUAAUUAGUAUAAUUCACUGUUGGAAGAACAUUGAAUGUUCUCAUCUGACAACACAAUUGAUUGACAAUAAGUAAUUUAAGACACCCAUGCUAAUAUUAUAUUUAAUCUGGGAAAGAACUAAAAAUACGUACUAAAAACUUUAGCUUAUUUUAUCGUUACGAACAACUAUUAUUACUGUUUUCUUUAGUGAAAUAUUGUUAAUGUUACAAGGAUUUGUAAAUUCUGUUCUCAACGUUAGCUAUGCAGGUUUUGUUAUAAAUUGUGCGCAAGCAAAAAAAAACUGGACAUCGAA